AUGGAUUCUUAUGGUAUGUUCUACACGCCUUCUGGAUCCUCCUCCCGACCGCAACGCGCUGCUGCUGUUAAAGCCUCCGGCAAGAUCACUUCCCAGUAUGCCGAGUCGAAACUACCACCAUCGCCACCAUCACCUCCAUUAUCAGUACCGCCACCACCACCCAAGCGUCCACGUCGAGCUCAACGCUCUUGUAAGAGCCAGCCUCGCGCCAUUGGCAAUGAUGAUGAGCCCGUUCCAGAACUGGCACACGAUGACACUGUGUUGGUUGCGUUGUCACCCUCUCAGCUUAACGCCGAUAUGACUUGCCGUCCGCGUGGAAAGCCAACUACUCUCCCUGUCGCUGCCCUACUUACGCCGUCCACCGAGUUUUUACGCAAACGCAAGUCUCUCACCGAUGUGGAUGGUGGUGUCCCUUUUCCCCGGACCGAAUACAACGACAGAUAUUUGAACCCCCGUUCGGGUGAAGAGAGACUUGACAACGAAGGGCACUGGGAAAAGAGAGUGCGAGAAGCACUUCAGGACCUGGACUUGCCUCGGUUUGAGACAGGAUCUGAGCGCCCUGUACCCACUACAAUUAUGAGUGAAAGUGAGGGAGAUCCCCUCUCCUUCGUCUACGACAAGCUUCAAGUGCAACCAGGGCGGAACUACCAGGUCGAGAUCGUUGAAAUUCGGGCCCUGUGUAGUCCCGAGAAUAAGAGGCAUCAAGCACUAGCAUGGGAGCUCCGCGGGAGGCAAGGAAACGACAUCCGGGCUUUUCUCCGCCUUAAUAGGACUGGAUUUAUCCUUGAUGAAGUUACGGCAAUCUGUGGCAAGCUUGUGGAUGCUCUCAACAGAUGGCCGGACCUGAAUGCUAUUUUUAAGUUUAAGGGGGCUUACGUACCGGGAAGAGGGUCGCUACUUAUUUAA